UGCAGUGGAGGUACUGUCCUGUUCAGCCCAUCCCAGCUCUAGACAGUGUUCUGUAGUUUGUUUUUGUUGUUGCAGCUCCAAUAAAGUCUGUGGAGAUCAGCUACAUGAGUCCGAGUGGCUCUGGGGAAGUUGUGUGCUCCACCAAGGGUGUUUACCCUGAGCCUCAAGUUGAGUGGUCAACUGAGCCGGCAACAGAGGAGCCUCCAGAACCAUAUACGAGAUGCAUCGAAGAUCAGCAGCAGCUGUAUAACAUGGAGAGCAGGCUGACGUCGCUACAGAAUCUUUCAAAUUGCACAUACACAUGUGUCAUAAGUUCUUCGGACAGGAAACAGCAAUGGAGAGCGUCACUAAAAGAACAAGCAAUUGCUGGCCCUGAAGGACAGGAACUGGCGAUUCCCUGUGUCACUCCCGGUAAAAACCUGAAGAACUUCAUCCUGAAGUGGAGCUUCAGAUCCACAGUGGGAAGCUCUGACAUCCUGUCCUAUGACAGCAGGAGUGACACUGUCUCAAAGCAGUGGCAAGACACCCAAGUGAACAAAGACAGGCUGCUCUCUGGAGACGGCACCCUGCUGCUUCUGAACCCCAAGAGCACAGCCCACACGGGCACCUACACCUGUCGAUAUUCUGUGUUUGAGACCGUGCUCGUCAUUCACACCGCCGUGAAUAUCACCACGCCUGCAGAUCAUUCACCACAACAUGGAGAAACCCCAAAAUCUGAACAACAACGGUUAACGGACCAGCAGCAACAAAAAUGAAACAUUAUACGGAGGACUGGUUUAAUUUUCUGCAUAAAACUGAAAGGCUAUAACUACUGUAUAAACGAAAUGGGACCCUGGGCAAAUGGAUACGUCAUAGGCUGCUGGUUACAAAACUAUUCAAAAUGCAGAAGAGCAUUCUACAACCAAGGAGGCUCCUAAAAAUUCAAGUAGCAACGGCCCAUCUUGAGCCAAACUGACAGAAACACAACAGCCAUUCAAACAGCCAAUGACAAGGACCAUCAAUGAGAUCAUGAGUCACCACAUGGUUUGGAAUAUCGCCUGCCUGGGCCUUGGGGAUAAAACUGUAUUGCAUAAACAUACCUGCAGAUCCGACACUCAUUGAAAUAACUCAUUGUUAUUUUUUUAUCUGUUUUGAACUUGAUCAAGUUUGGAAUUGGUCAUUCCUGAAGGACUGAUAUUGACUUUUGCACUACAGAAUGAAAGACUGUCCUGCAGGGUCAGGUGUAUAUGAAGGUAAAAAAGAAGAAGAAGAUAUAUUAUACAUUAUAUUGUUCGAAACCACAUGCGAAAAAGGACAAAAAGCAAAUUAUUGGAAGUGAAAAAUAUUUUAAUAAAAUUGUGUUGUAUAAUUGC